CCACAUGCAACUUCCUGUACCAUUUAGGCCUAGAUCUAGAUAUCUGAAUCUAUCAAUAGCUUGGUUACAGUCUAGCAAAAAAUUUUACGUCCUAAUAAUACAGCUUGAUAGUGCCGCAGUCCAGUGGCAAUGGAGAACGAUAUUCUUGAUUCUCUUGAGGAUUUAGGAUAUGAUGGUCCACUUUUAGAACAGAAAGCAUUGCUGGAGGCUGUAGAUACAGGGGCUAAAUCUGUGGCCUAUACACAGCUUGUAGAAUGGAUAAUAUCACAGUUAUCAGUAUUUUGUAGCAUUGAUGCAAAAGUUUCGGCCAUUCAAGGUCCAAGUGACUCUGAACUUUUUCUUAUGGAACUCAGUGGUUUCUUGAGAGAGUUUUCUUGUCCAUAUAAAAAUUUAACAGAAGGACCCAUGGAUGGAAGGUUAUCAUCCAGAAAGGCAUGUCUACAGUUAUUAGAUUAUCUGCUGGCAGAACUCGCUGCAGUAAAAAUUAUUGCAGUUAAAAGGCCAGCAGCCCUGUCAACACUAUCCAAGGGAGUAAAUGAAAUUUCAGAAGUGAAAGAGAGUGAUGUAGCUAAGCGUUUAAAACUUGCACUGUUGGCAUUGAAGUUUAGUAAGCCACCACCUACCAUUACAGCAUUUCAACUAUUUAGUAAAAUUGAAACAAAGGUAAAAGAACAGUUGUCACUAAAUCCAGACCUAGCAGGGAAGCCACUGCUGAAGUCUCGGCUGUCGGAAAAACAGUGGGCACAGCUUUUAGCCAUUAAUGAUUUCUUGUCAGAUGAGUACAGAGUUCGACGUGAUAUGUUAUUGAAGAGAUUGGAUGUUACAAUACAGUCCUUUAAAUGGUCUGAAUUAGCAAAGAACAAGGAAAAUAAAAUAGCUGAAGUCUACCAGCCGAUCAGAAAAAUCUUGAUAUCUAAAACUGAUGUUGGCAUACCUCAGAUCCUUGCUGCAAGAGAUGACUUAACGAGGCUGCAAAAAACAAGUAGUGGUGAAGCUAGAGAAAAAACAAAGUGUGCAAUAAACAAAAUCCUGAUUGGUAAUGUACCAGAUCGUGGAGGUAGAGCUUGGGAGCUAGAACCACCUCCACCAGAAAUGCCAUCAUUCACAAAGAGAGAUGCAGGACCGCAAGGUGGUGGAGCUGGUUACCGUGGUGGUCGGGGUGGAAGAGGAGAUGCUGGAGCUGGUAGAGGUGAUCGGGGGAGUGGACGAGGUGGCAGAGUACAAAGUGGUUGGGGUGGAAGUGAUGCUCAAGUGAAGGAUGUUGGAGGCAACUGGAACCAAGGAGGAGGUGGAUACCAUCAGGGAGGUAAUCAAGGCCAACAGGGUGGAUAUCAACAGGGAGGCUAUCAACAGGGAGGCUAUCAACAAGGAGGCUAUCAACAAGGAGGGUACCAACAAGGAGGGUACCAACAAGGAGGGUACCAACAGGGAGGAUAUCAACAGAGUGGAAACUAUGCAGGGGGUUACCAGCAGGAUUACUACCAGGACCGUGGAGGUGGUAGAGGAGGUGGAAGAGGUGGUAGGGGAAGAGGGGGCAGAGGUAGGCACUGAGAUGAUUCCACUGUGGCUGUGACUGUUUUCAGUAUCUUAAAUUCUACAUAUUUGUUGUGAAGAAAUUCAACGUAUUUAACUUGUAAUUAUUUAGUAAAAAUAAAAAAUGCUGUUUUUGAAUUAAAAGAGAAUAUUUUAGUUGCUUUAUGUGAAAGCUUCUUGUAGGUGGAUGAAAUUUUACAUACAAGUAUUACAUUUUAUGCGCAGGUUCUAUUAACUUUUAAACAAUUUCAUGUAACUGGAAGUGGUUCUUGACUAUUGAGUUCUGUUUCAGUUAGAUUAGGGUGUCGACUAAGAUUUUAAUUUCAUUAUUGGUCAAGAUGACUUAAACAUUUAAAAACUACAUUUAUUUAACCAUAAUUUGAUACCAAUUUUAAUUAUCAAAUUUAAUCAGUAGCCUA